AUGUACAUCCUCCGAAGAGGACUCCUGGGUGGCGAAGAUCCCCCCGACUCGAGCGGGAGUGCGCAAGAGGACGAGUUCUUAUUCACCCUUUACAUAUGUAUCGCUUUAUUUCUAGUCCUUAUGGCUGGCUUGAUGAGUGGAUUAACGCUUGGUUUGAUGUCGCUAGAUACCGUGGAGCUUGAGGUCCUUAAGCGGAGUGGUACACCGGAAGAACGUGCCUGCGCGAUAAAGAUUAUGCCGGUGAUUAAACAUCAACAUUUCUUGCUUGUUACUUUACUCCUAUGCAAUGCGGCAGCGACGGAGGCUCUGCCCCUUUUCAUCGAUCGGCUGGCGGACCCUGUCACCGCCGUCAUCUUGUCUGUAUCAGUAGUGCUCGUAUUCGGGGAGAUUAUCCCUCAAGCCGUCUGUAGCCGAUACGGCCUCAAAGUGGGGGCGUAUUCGGCCUGGUUUGUGCGAAUCCUCAUGACGAUCUGCAGCCCCAUCGCCUGGCCCAUCGGCAAGCUGCUGGACUUCAUGCUCGGCCCCGAUCACAGUGCCCUGUUCCGCCGCGCCCAGCUGAAGGCGCUGGUAGACCUGCACGGCACUGGAGCGGGUUUCGGAGGCACCCUCAGUGAAGACGAGGUACACGUCAUCAGAGGCGCACUGGACCUGACCAACAAGGUCGCGUGCAAGUCCAUGACCCCUCUCGACAAGGUGUUCAUGCUAUCCACGGCGGACCGUCUCGAUGAGGGGACGCUGAGGGCCAUACUCUUGUCGGGGCACAGCAGGAUACCCGUACAUAGGGAGGGCAACCGCAAGGUGAUCACCGGCCUCAUUUUGGUGAAGGAGCUCGUACUCAUAAACCCGGCAGAUAACGUCCCCGUGUCGUCGUUGAGACUGAGGGAGCUGCCGCGACUGGCAGCUGACACGCCAAUGUACGACAUGCUCAAGCUGUUUGAAACCGGCAAGAGCCACAUGGCCGUACUGACACGAGCACCCGGAGGUGGCCCCCUCAGUCCCCACCACCCCGCCACGCACCAAGGCGGGGGGGGGUCGGAGGUGGAUUUGGCACACGGCGCAUCCGUACAGGGGGGCCGCAAGCCGGUGGGCGCCUCCUGGCAAACCCAUCCCCGGGGGGCCCCCUCCCGCCGCCUGGGAUCAGCUACCGCCACCAACUCCAUGUACGGCAGCCACAGUCGGGACGGCUACUCAGCCCUCACUGAGGACGUGGGGCCGGGAGGGGGAGGGGGAGGGGGAGGGGGGGGAGGAGGGGGGGGCCAGGAGGGGGAGCCUGUGGGUAUCAUCACCAUUGAGGACGUCAUUGAGGAGCUGCUGCAGGAGGAGAUCAUCGACGAGACGGAUCUCUUCAUCGAUAAUCUGCAGAGUCAGAGAGUCAAUGCGGCGGCCGUGGCGGGGUCGCUG